AUGCCUUCUCACCAGGUCACUGGCCCUUCCCCAGCCCAGGGUAGCCCAGCCUUGAGAGAAAUGGAGCCCAAGGACCAGCAGCUCAUGGUGGCGCUUCGAAUUCGUCCACUCAAUGCAGCAGAGCUGGAGGAAGGAGCCACCAUCAUUGCCCACAAAGUGGGGGACCAGGUGGUAGUGCUUAUGGACCCCAAUGAGGAUCCUGAGGACCCUCUGCGUGCACACCGGUCACGGGAGCGCACCUUCAUUUUUGACACUGUUUUCGACCAGCAAGCAUCCCAGGAAGAUGUGUACUGUGCCACCAUCCAGCAUUUAGUGGAAGGCGUCAUUUCUGGAUACAAUGCAACAGUGUUUGCCUACGGCCCCUCAGGUGCAGGGAAGACCCAUACCAUGCUGGGCAUGGAUGCGGAGCCUGGCAUUUACCUGCAGACCCUCACUGACCUCUUCCAGGCCAUCGAGAAGACCCGGGACAACAUGGACUAUAGUGUGUCUAUGUCUUACCUUGAGAUUUAUAAUGAAGUGAUACGGGACCUUCUGAACCCAUCCUCAGGGUUUCUGGAAUUGAGGGAAGAUUCAAGGGGCAGCAUUCAGAUUGCAGGCAUCACAGAAGUUUCCACCUCAAAUGCCCAAGAGAUCAUGCAGCUCCUCACCAGAGGAAACCGGCAGCGCACACAGGAGCCCACAGCCACCAACAAGACAUCGUCCUGCUCCCAUGCCGUUUUGCAAGUCACUGUGCACCAGCAGAGCCGUGGCACAGACCUGGCAGAGGAAGCGCGCCUUGGGAGGCUCUUCAUGGUAGACCUGGCAGGCUCGGAACGGGCAUGCCAGACCCAGAACCGGGGCAAAAGGAUGAAGGAGGGUGCACACAUCAACCGCUCGCUGCUCGCAUUGGGCAACUGCAUUAACGCGCUCAGCGAGAAGGGCGGCAGUCGUGCACAGUACGUGAACUUCCGGGAUAGCAAACUCACGCGUCUGCUGAAGGAUGCCCUGGGAGGGAACAGCCGCACGGUGAUGAUUGCCCACAUCAGCCCAGCCAGCACCAGCUUCGAGGAGUCACGGACCACACUGCUGUAUGCCUACAGGGCGAAGAACAUCAAGACCCGGGUCAAACGCAACCUAUUGAAUGUCUCCUACCGCAUUGCACAGUACACGGAUGUCAUCUCUGACCUACGCAGGGAGAUCGAACACCUUAAAUCAAAAAUUGAGAAGCAAGAGAAGAAGAAAAGUGAACCUGGCAUCCCAGAUGUACAAGUCACAAUCACCCCCCAUGAAGCAGAGGAGGAGAGCCGCCUACAGAUGAAUAAGAUCCGGGCACAACUUAUUGGGGCCUUCAAGGAGCAGAUGGAGAUGCGCCGCAGCCUGGUGGAGCUAGAGAACACCAACAUAGAGCUGCACAUCGACCUGUCUCGCCACCUGCUGACCAUUGCAGACUGGGAGCGGGAGAAGACCCACCACCACAUGCACAGGGACAAGGGCGAGCCAGAGAAGGAUGAGGAACCUGCAGAUGCUGACGGGGAUGAGGGCGAGUCUGCAGAGCCACAGGAAGUGGCUCUGGCCAGAGAGGAGGUUGGCCUGCUUUUAGCUGAGCAGCGGAAAACUGCAGCUCUCAAGGCUGGGCUGGAGCAGCGCCUGGCCCAUGCCAAGCAGAAGGCCUCACAGAUGGAGAAGCUGCUGCCUGAGCAAGUCACCAAUGAGGACCAGCGGGAGGUGCUGAGGCUGCUGUGCAGGGCCCAUGAGCUGGAGGUGGAGAACACAGAACUGCAGGCCGACAGCCUCUACCGGAAGAACUUGCUGUGCCAGAAGGACUUUGUGAUCCAGCGCUACCACCAGUACCGGCUGCUAUGUGAACAGGUCAUCCAGGAGCAGCGGCAGCUGAUGCAGGACAGUGGCAUCCAGGUUCCGGAGUCUCUGGACAAGCGGUACCGGCUCUACUCCCAGGAGCUGGGCGAGGGCACUCUGGACCGCCUGCUGCUGCUGCACUCGGUGGUCUCUGGCUCCCUCCGGGAUGGCUCCAUUCUGAAUAUCUCACCCACGCCAGAGGAGCCCAGUGGAGACCAGCUGGAGGACAGGAAAGAUUUCCCACGGAGCACCCAAUUUGAGCUGCCCUUGAUGCUGCAGGAGAGAGACAGUGAUGGUAACAAGUCAUCAAAAGCCACGCCGUUGAAAAAGCCGGGAAAGCAAGAUUGUCUUCUACCUCCACCAUCCCUCCGCAUCCUGCAGACUCCUCCCAUCCACGAGAAACCGAGGUCCCUGAACAUGAAGAGCCUGCUUUCCAAGCUGUACACCCCAGCCAGGCUGGAGCUGGGCACCCUGUGGCCAGCGGGGGAGGCUGGCAACCCAGCACUGAGCACCCAGAUGCUCAAGGAGAUGGCCCUGGGCACCAAAAGUAUCGCCCUCAUCGCAGCCAGCCGACGCUCCAAGGCCCAGGAUGGGGAGGGCAACAGCAGCCACUCCUCCUGCCACCUCUUGGAGGAGGCAACCCUGGAUUCCAGAGACCGGAAGCCCAGCACCACCCCUGACCCCAGCCUGGCAGACAGGAACUUGCCCCAUGCCAGCCCAUGCAGGGCCCAUUCCAUGGACAGGAAGUCCAGGAGGAAGCGGUCACCUUCACUCACCUGGAGUGUACAGUCGAAACUUCAGUCUCACUCUGCCGAGCACCUGACUGACAGCCAGGUGCUCCCAGCACACCUUCAGCAGUCAAAGUCGCCAGGAAGGAGCUUUCUCCCUGCCGUCCCCAUGGCCUCCAAGAUAAAACCUAGCCUCAGUUUCCACGCAGACGAGAACACACUCCACGUGCCUGAAGUCAGCUUCACCUUCCCCAGCACCAUGUGGCAGAGCAGUGUGGGCCCCAGCAGGCCGCCCCUCCUGCCCAGGGAUAUCCGAGGGUCUACAGAGAGUGGAGGCCGAUACCACAGCCCACUGCCCCCCAGCAACCCCCGAAAGCUCCAAUGUGGCAGUGCCAAGAGGCCAAGAAGACCCAAAUAGAUGGUGGAGCCGGAGGAGGCACACAGG